UUGGGCAAUAGAAGUGGUGGUUCGGACGUAAGACCGUGCAUUCAUUGCUUAAUUUUCAGUUCGAUUGAAUAUUUCUCCGAGAAUCCAAGCGGUUUGCUUGAAUGAAUUCGUCGUAGUGUCAACAACGUACAUUUUUUUGGUUUGGUUUUACUGUACAAGUUUUCGUUUCUCAAAUCGACAAUGGAUUUGGUCUGGUUGGUGUGCUUUGCUGUGAGUGUCGGUGCUUGUUUCGUAUCCGCGGAGAGGCACAGCGUGUUUUGGAAUAGCUCGAACCCCAAGUUUCUCUUGGACGAGUACGCGGUGGAGGUGCAGCUGAACGACUACCUGGACAUCGUGUGCCCGCACUACCCGCUUGGGGAGGUGCCUUCCCAGGAGGCCGAGCGCUACGUGCUGUACAUGGUGGAGCGGGAGGACUACGAGGCGUGCCGGCCGCAGUCCUACGAGCAGCUGCGCUGGGAGUGCUCGCACCCCUUCGCCGCCCACGCCCCCGAGAAGUUCUCCGAGAAGUUCCAGCGCUUCACCCCCUUCACGCUGGGCAAGGAGUUCCGCCGGGGCGAGAGCUACUACUACAUCUCCAAGCCUGUCCACCAUCUUGGGAAAGAGUGUCUGAGACUGCGUGUGGACGUCGUGGACUCGAGCGGUUCCCAGGAGACCAAAACAGGAGGAGGGGCAGGAGGAGGUGUGCAUAAUCCAUCCAACAGACCUCCUGCAGACGAUCCUGUUGUGAUCUUGCCGGAUGUCCAGAGGAGCGUAGGGAGUUCCGGAGUGAAGGCCACGUCCGUCUCUCUCUGCCUGACACUGAUCCCAGUCUUAAUAUCCUGGCUAUUGCACUGAAGAACUACAAUACCCAUAAGCCCCCCACGAAGGGGAAUCAAAAUGGACUACUCUACGUGGGGACCCAGGGACACAAAGACAGUUCUCAAAGCCCAAUGCUGGUCGUUGGAAGAGGGAAAAAAAAACUUUAUUGUGCUGAUGCGGACGGACGCUGUCGCCGUAGCGAGUGAUGAGUGCUGUGGAGUGUUUGUGUGCGAGGGAAUGAGAAAAAAGUGUUUUACGAGGACGUCAGUAUUUUCUGGGGGGAUUCUUCCCGGCCAUUUUGUUUUGUGAAAGACAGAAAAAUGCAAGCGAUAAUGAAGAAGAAAACCUAAAAAAAAACUGGACAAUCGCAAGAGUACAGACUGAGAACAAUCAAGUCGGAGGCAGUGAGAGAAGGGCUGCUUGCAUAAGUAAUGACAAUUUUGUGUAAAAGACCUGUAAAGUUCAUGGUCCUCUCUAACCCGCUGAGCCAAAGAAAACAGUAAUCAUCUCACCCGUGUGUUUUGUAAUAUAGUUUUGUAAUGCGAUAUACUGUAUAUUAUGUGUGUAUGUACAAACUGACAUUCACUCUGCAUUUUUCCUGUUUAAAUGUAGCAUUCAGUCGAGGGGUGUUUUUCCAAAAGUGCUCCUUGUACUAACAGAAAAGAGAACGCUAACAGUACUAGAGUCAGUGCAGUCCAGUAGCAACAGUGCAUGAAUCUCAGAGACCGACAGACAGUGCGGCAGUGCACUUUACACAGACACGCAUCUUACACAGCACAGAACCGACUGUAUUGCAACAGGCACAGUGCAGUACGGACCGUUUUUCUUAAGCUAAUUUAUGAAGUUCGCACAAGAGCAGUUUCUUUUUUUAAAAAUGUUUUUGUUUCCCCUUUGUUUUUUUUAUUUUAUACAAGCAAAAAGAAACGAGCAAAAAGAAAUGUUUACCCUGUGAAAGGUGACAGGUUUUUUUUUUUUUUUGAGGAAAGGUGCGUGAGUGUUUGUGAUCAAAAAACAAAAUGACCUCUGCCAAAAAAAAAAAAGAAAUGAAAAACAAUUCUUGAGAAAUUUGAGCGACCUCCACGACGCUAGCAGACGGAACUCUCCGGAAGGUAAACGCGACCUCCGACGCGCUUACCGGAACGGAAACGCGCGGCUGCACGGGCGGUGUUGAUGCGCGGCGCAGUCUGAACCCCGAUGCCGCCGAUCUGCCCUAAAUAACGCAGACAGCUGCGCAGACAACUGCGCAAACACGCGUCUGCGGUUUAAAGGCCGAGGGGGGGUGGGGGGCGGGGGCCGGGGGGGAGGGGCUGUCGCUUGAUUGACACACACAGGAGGGUCCGAGUCAUUUUGAGUCGCCACGUGUUGCUUUCUCAGAUUUUGUGUCGCCUACUUUGUACAUGUGUAUGUAAAAUGUAUUAUAUGUAUAUAGGAGAUUAUAUAUAUAUAUUAAAAAAACUUUCAUAAAUACAGUAAUGUGAAGCUCUGAAAAUAAAUAUUUUUUCGAAAAUUA